GGCGAGAACGGCUCCACAGAUUGCGCGUGGUCUUUUUUUUUGUCGUUGACUUCACAGAAGAGGACUCAAUUUGUCUGCUUUAGUUGGCCAAUUACCGAGGUCUAUUUUUAUUGCUACAAUAAUACCAAUAUUUGUAAGAUAAACACCCACUCUCAAGGUCGAACAAAGCCCCUGUGAAGUUCCAAAUUGGAACGAGGGUUGAUGAUUGAUCACACUGCUUGUACGCCUUACGUACCCACUUUUUUUCUUUUGCCAGCUACGCCCCCACAAUUCGCCCGUCUCUCACCGCAAGGAGAAGUUCUUCCCGACACAAAUCAGUAGAACAUCACUUUUGACCAACAGGUGCCUUGAAAUAUUAUUUGAGGGAGGUUGAGAGUUCCAUAAUGAUUGAAACUGAGAAGAGAUCACCAGCUGAAAUAUAUAGGUUCUGUGGUAUUUGACGCUGAAAUGUAACUUGAAUCUUUUAAAAUGUUUAUUACAGUUCGUGUAUCCUACACGAAUUAGUUAUAUCCGGAUCCAUCGAUCUGACGGCACAGUUGUUUUCUGUGUUAACGUGGCCAUUACUGCCGGUGUGAUAUAUCCAGUUGGGAGUCUUGGGCCGGCUAUUCAGUUCACGACGUUACUGACCUUUACAGAGAAAGAGAGUUACUAUGUAACAAUGGAUCAUGGUGAGGAUACUGGAUUUAUCUCAUGAUCAUACAGUUUAUGUAACAGAUGUUGAACCUAUUACCCAAUGGAAUCGCCUCCAUACAACUUUCUCCAAACUUUUCCUGAAUUAUCAAUUUGAUAACUGUACCCAUUGAGGACCGGAGAAGAAUCGUGUUGUCUCCAAAUCGUUCCAUGAUCUGAGAACUUUGUCCCUAGAACACUUGUUGCAAAAAAAGCAGCUAAAAAAAUGAGGGACUGCAUGAAAGGUUUUGAAUCAAGCCUAUGGUCAAAGCAAAUGUCAUAUUGACGUUAUUUUCUGGUUCCCUUGCAUGUGUGGCUAAAGGUGUUAUCUUCUGUGGUGCUGAGUCGCCUGCGAGCACAGAUCCUUACACCAUGAGGAUAAAGAUAAGUACAUUACAAGUACAUAUUACUGAUAUUACUAACAAUUAUGGUCAAUAGAUUAUAAACUGUUUAUAAUCUCUUGUUAUUGCACUAUCAUCAUCAACUUAUUUGUCUUUCUACAGAGGAUAUCACCCCACCCGUUUUAACACUCAUUAAUGCUCCAUCUCGUUCUGGAGGUGACUUUCAAAUCACUUGGACAGCAAACGAAAAUGUUACAGCUCAGUGCACAGUGCAAACUCCUUCCCAGAUCUUUGGUCAGCCAUGCCAUUAGUCGUGAACUGGAAGUAAUCUAACCGGGGGCUUCUACAGCAUUUAUGUUCGGUUAACAGAUUUGGCGGGAAACUCGGCACUGCCUGCCAGACACUCAUGGUUUGUAG